AUGUUGAGCUAUUUACCGGUUUUAAUACUAUUCAUAGUCACGACACAAGCUGAGUCGUCAAUAUCGACUGUUGUUCAGUCCAAGACGGCCUCGCCUGACAUUGCGGUCGCUCCUAGUCUGACACCAACAUUCCAGGACCCUCAUGCACCCAACCCACAGAAAUGCCCCGGCUACAAGGCAACAAAUAUCAAGAGGGACCUCAGAGGUGUGAAGGCUGACUUGACCAUGGCUGGACCUAACUGCCAGGCGUUUGGUAAUGACAUUCGUGACCUGAUACUCGAGGUACAGUAUCAGACAAAGGAGAGACUGAAUGUCAAGAUAUUCCCCAAGUAUCUUUCUGAAGAGAACAGAACUCAGUAUAUCUUACCAGACUCACUUGUAUUUGAGCCUGUACAAGACAAGAAGACGACAAUCUCGAACAGUGACCUCAGAUUUGAGUUUACUAAUUCGCCGAGCUUCCAAUUUAAAAUUACCCGGAGCUGUGAUAGAGAGGUCCUUUUCUCGACUUACGGUCAUGUCAUCGUAUUUGAGGACCAGUUCAUUGAACUGGUAACUAGCAUGGAGCCCGACUACAACGUCUACGGACUAGCUGAGAACAUACAUGAUUUCCAUCUUGGGCAAAACUUCACCCAGACCUUCUGGACCAAUGAUGCUGGCAUAGAGCACGGUAACCCAAUAGAUGGAAAUAUCUAUGGUGUCCAUCCCUUCUACCAGGAGAGUCGAUACCACAAGGGUAGCAAUACCACUUCUCACGGUGUAUACGCCCGCAAUGCUCAUGGCCAAGAGUGGCUUCUGAGACCUGAGACAUUGACAUACCGCACCAUCGGUGGAAGUGUUGAUCUCUACUUCCUUAGCGGCCAGAACAAGCAAGGAGGGUCUACAGCCAUUGAGACCAUGCGCCAGUAUCACGCUGGCUGCGUUGGCUUACCUGCGAUGCAAAUGUUCUGGACACUUGGCUUUCACCAAUGUCGCUUGGGAUAUGACACCCUAGAUAAGAUCGAAGCGGUUGUUGAGAAUUACAGAGCCGCUGAUAUUCCACUCGAGGCUAUUUGGUCAGACUUUGACAUGUUUGAUGGCUUCCGCAGCUUCGCUAAUAACCCGGUCACUUUCCCGCCUGAUCGCAUGGCGAAGUGGGUAGACUGGCUUCAUGAAAACGAGCAGUACUACGUUCCCCUUGUAUGGGCCAACAUAUACCGUCCGAAUCCUGAUGAUCCAAAGGAUACUUACGGUCCCUAUGAACGCGGCGCCAAGCUCAAAGCAUUCAUCAGGGAUCCAGGGUCGGGCGACUUCUACACGGGCAACAACUGGCCUGGGUUCGUUGUCUGGGGAGACUUCAUGUUGCCUGAGACGCACAAAUGGUGGGCUGGAGAGCUCAAGAUAUGGUACGAUAGCGUGCCUUACGAUGGAAUGCUCUCCGAUCUUACAGAGCCCGCUUCAUACUGCGUGGGGCCCUGCGGAAAUAGUCGUCUAGAUAUGAACCCCGUUCAUGUUCCGUUCCUGAUUCCUGGAGAGAAGCUCAGGAUGUUCUAUGAGUAUCCAGAUGGCUUCAGUGUGACUAAUCGCUCUGAGUUUGAAAAGGCAAAAGAGCUUGCGGCCAAUCAGUCAGCGGAGGUCGAAGCUGCCCAUGUCUUCCAAGUGCCUGUCACUAGCACGCUAGGACGUACGGAGCCAACACCAGGUGUCAGAAACCUGACUUAUCCACCUUAUGUUCUUAACAAUCUGCAACCUGGCCACUCCAUCAGGAGAAUGACCAUCUCCCCGGAUGCAACCCACAAUGAUGAAUUAAACACCACUGAGUAUCAAAUGCAUAAUCUUUUUGGCAACCAGAUCUCCAAUGCGACCUACCAAGGACUGCUUGAUCUGUUCCCUGGUCGUCGUCCAUUCAACAUCGCCCGUGGCAAUUUUGCUGGCAUUGGCCGAUAUGCGACGAGGUGGGGAGGUGAUAACUCAUCCAAAUGGGGUAGUAUGUUCUUAUCCAUCUCACACGCCCUGACACACAUGAUGGCUGGAAUUCCCAUGUUUGGAGUUGACAUCUGUGGCUACUCCCAUAACGCCAGCUUUGACCUUUGUGCUCGAUGGAUGUCUCUGGGAGCCUUCAUGCCUUUUUAUCGAAAUCACAACAUGGGCGGCACGAUAUCCCAAGAAGCGUUUGUCUGGUCGUCUGUUGCUGAAGCUUCACGCCGAGCUAUAGCGAUAAGAUACAGCCUUCUCAACUACAUCUACACUCUGUUCCACUACGCCAAUACCAAAGGCGAUCUUGUGAUGCGUGCUUUGGCAUGGGAGUUUCCAAACGACGAAAGCCUCAAGGCCACCUAUUCCCAGUUUUUACUAGGUCCAUCUCUUCUAGUAACACCUGUUCUCACUCCAAACUCCAAAAUAGUACGAGGUGUUUUCCCUGGGAUUGGAGAAGGAACAAGGUGGUAUGACUGGUAUACACUAAAUGAAGUCCAUGCCAAACCUCAAGAGAACAUCACUCUUGAUGCACCUUUGGAACAUAUCAACCUUCACAUCAGAGGCGGCACAGUAUUCACAUUGCAGAAACCAGGCAAUACGACUGCAGCGACUAGAAGGAACCCCUUCUCACUUCUCUUGGCUCUGGACGAUAAUGAGUACGCUGAAGGAAGUGUGUAUUUUGAUGAUGGUGUCAGUCUCGAACCAGAAGCCACCAAGACUGUCGCAUAUACCUUCAGGAAGGGGAUUUUACGGGCGGAAACCACUGGAGACUACAAGCUGAGUCCUCCACUCGUAAACAUAACUGUGGCUGGACUUCGCAACGCACCUAAGGGCGCUGAGUACCAUUCUGAGAAAGUAGACCAGGAAGUUCCAUCACCCAAGCUUGAGUACAGUAAUGGCACAGCUUAUGUAACAGGGCUGGAGCACUUUACACAGCAUGGAGCAUUUAGCUAUGACUUCCAGGUCACAUUUAAGUAUUAA